CCCCCUACAUCUCGCUGACUUCCUUCUGAUUUAAAGACAGGAGAAGACACAGGCAGUGGGAGUUAGAGGUAGAGUCGUACCAGUGAGUAAGGGGAAGAUACAAGUCAGAAACCAUGUGUUGUAUGGGAAAGUGCGCCCGCCUGGUGGGCUUGAUCCUGCUGCCCACAGCGUUCAUCUCCAUGAUCGCCAACCUGUUGCUGUUCUUCCCUGAUGGGAAGCAGCUGGACAAUGACCAGAUCUCCCUCCAUGUCUGGCUCAUGGGGGGGCUCAUCGGCGGGGGCCUCUUUAUGCUCUGCCCGAGCUCGUCUGCUAUCAGGGCCGGGGGCAAGGGUUGCUGUGGAACAGGUUGCUGUGGCAACCGCUGCAGGAUGCUCAACUCUGUGUUCUGCUCUGGAUUCGGUCUGGUUGGAUCGAUCUACUGCAUCGGUGUGGCCUCUGCCGGUCUGGCUGACGGGCCCAAGUGUCGGGUGGACGGUAUCUGGAAAUACCCCUUUGAAGAGGAGGCUUCUUCCAACUACAUUGCGAACCAGACCCUGUGGUCAAUCUGCGAGUACCCCAAAAAUGCAGUGAUGUGGCACGUCGUCCUGUUCUUCAUUCUGCUGGCCAUGGGGUUGAUACAGGCAGUGCUCUGCGGCAUCCAAGUGGUCAAUGGCGUCUUGGGAUGCCUCUGCGGAGACUGUCGUGACAGCAAAGAUGAUGACGGUGGAUUGUGAAACUGAAGAAGAUCGCCCGGUUCUCCCCUGUCUUCCCAAGGGCAUGGAGGGAUUUCUGUAAUUCAUUUGUUUCCCAAAGUUCAUAUUCAAAUACACCUCUUUGUAAAACAUGUUGAGGAUUUCUUUGAAUGCUCUCAACUUGCUUUUGUCUCACACCUAUCUUAUGCCGUUUUGAGUCAAAGCCUUACUCCGUUAUUUCAUGUAUUUGAUUCUGGUUGUUGGUUUGUGUGUAUUGCCUCGCUUAUUUGUGUUUGAGUUCUUCAGUGUAAUAAUUAAUUGUGUUGCUUUUAUGUACCUAUAUAUUAAGUAUACAGUAUAUACUUUUGUAUGCUAUGUACCAGGUGAAUGUGACAACACAAUAUGAGCUGAUGAAUUUUAAAAAAUAUAUAUUAAGCAUUAUAAUUGGAUGUGUGCAUAAUUAGUGAAACUCCUGAUUAAAAACUUAUUUUCUUGCA